AUGGUAUGCCAUCGCUCACUGGCACUGUCUGGCAUCGGUGCGCAUCCGCGCCCAGCAAAUGCCGAUUGGCACCCGGAUGUUCAACAAACAUGUUGGUCCAACUAUGGUGGAGGUUCAACAAUGGAAAAACUGCUCGUUGGCUCCAUGAUACAUUUCACAACAGCCGAAAAUGAACAAUAUUUAUGGAUGCUAUCGUCGGACUCAGGACAAAUCCGGCUAUCGGAACUGAUCGUGUCAAUUAUCAUGCAUCUCGGUGAUAUCUCAAUGUUCAAACACCUGUUGAACGCUGAUUCAACUGGAAGUAUGUCGGUGAGAUUUUACGUCGAUAUCAACAAUCAGUCUGUGACCGAUACCAAUAUCAAAUUGAAAGCACAAAGUGAUGAAGAACAAAUAUUCGUACUGGACAUGACAUACGCCAAGCCCAUUGAGCUAGACGAAGCAGUUAGGCUGUGA